UCAGAAAGGCAGAGAGAAGUACGCUAAUUGGAAAGCUAUAAACGCGCUCCUGCACUCCUGCUGUGUCAUAAAGACUGUCUUGAUUCAUUGCUUUGAACACUACUCAAGCAAGCAGUAGGGUUAUUGUGUGUGUGAGUGAUUCAGAUCGUAUAAGUCUGUGCUGAGAGAUACUGCACUCCACAACUGAAGGACAAAGCCAGAAGAUGAGAUUCAGCCCGGUGAUAGUUGCUCUUCUCUGCUUCACCUCAUGGAUGAGCAUGGCCCAUACAACCAAUGGACCGGUGGCCAGCUGUUGUCCCCGGUGGUCUAAAACUCGAGUCCGACUUGAACUAAUUGUGGAUUACACCAAUCAGUCUGAAGGCAUCUGUCCAAUCAGAGCCGUAGUGUUUCAGACAAAGAGUGGAAAGAGGAUUUGCUCCGACCCUGACAGCGUCUGGGCAGAAAGAGCCAUUCAGAAGGUGGACAAGGAGAAAGGGAAAACAACAACGCAGAAGACGGGACUGAUUAAAGGCUCAACAAGCAACAUCACACCAGCACUGCACCAAUAAACGCACCACUGAAGGAAUGCUAAUGGAGGAAGGGGCAGAGAAAACGUGUGAGGAAUCACAAGACAAAUCAAAGUUACCACAGUCAGCAAACAUGACUCUUUCCAUCAGGUCCAGCUAAAUUGCAUGAAGAGUAAACAAACCUGAAACAAAAACAGCUUUUUAUACAUUAUUCUAUCUAUCAAAUAUUCAAUACAUAUUAAAAUAUAUGUUGAUCAUACCUUGUUGUAAAAAAUGUUUGUAUGUCUAUCAAAAGAGCAUCAUUUUUCAUUUGCCAAUAAAGUC